UAAAAAAGCUAUCAAAUUUAAUUCAUACAACAGUUUUUAAAGAUUCAAACCAAUAAUCACGUAGACAAUCUUGUAUAGCUUUAAGGAACAGAGUUUUUCUACUCAUAAUAUUUUUUGAAAUUAAUUUAAAUAAAUGCACGUGCUGUAAACAAAAUUGACGGAGUAAUCGAGAGAAACAUUUCUCUCAAAUCAUCUCUUUAAAAAUUUCUGGAGUUGCCGAUAAGAAUAUCAGCCCAGACUCAUUCAUUCAUAAAUUCUACUCAUUUUAUUGUGAAACACUUGCUCUUGAAAUGUAAAAGAACCGUCCAGCUUUGUUUUGUGUAAUCAGCUGAAUUCAAGUGCGUUAGUUCUAUUCGAUUACUAGGAGUGUUCAGAUCUUAAAAACAAUUCUCUUCAGAAUGGAAAACAUUGUAGAUAAUAAACUUGGAGAUGCAUCAAAUUUCUUUACUUCCGAUCCUUCAGAAUGUGUUAAAAUAAUCAAGUGCAAGAAUGAUUUUACAUCCGGAAUCUCAACAGUUCCUGAAAUGUUCGCAAAAACGGUUGAUCUUUAUUCUGAUCGAACAGCAUUGAUGCAUCAAAAUGAAGAAACUGGCGACUGGAUUCCAAUAAGUUAUAAAAGUUAUAAAAAUCGUGUCGAUAAAGUUGCAAAAGCAUUCCUUAAACUUGGAUUAGAAAAGAACGGUAAAGUUGCUGUAAUUGCAUUUAAUAGUGUUGAGUGGUUCCUGUCACAAUUAGGAGUGAUUCAUGCUGGUGGUCAAAUCGUUGGCAUUUAUGGAUCAAACUCAGCAGAAGCGUGUCUAUAUAUUCUUGAAAAAUGUCAUGCAAACAUAAUCGUAGUUGAUGAGGAUUAUCAAUUAGAGAAAAUCCUUAAAAUUAGGGAUCAGCUUCCUCAUUUGAAAGCUAUCAUCAAGACAUUGCCAUCUCCUAAUACUCAUGAGGGAGUUAUGAGUUGGAAAGAGUUGGAGGAAAUGGAUACUGAUGACUAUGAUCAAGCAUAUGACAAGAAUUUAAAGGAAAUAAAAGCAAAUUCUUGUUGCUGCUUAAUAUUUACUUCUGGAACUACAGGCAAUCCAAAAGGCGCAAUGAUGAGUCAUGAUAAUGUAAUGUUCAAUCUUAAAAAUGUUAUUAAGACGUACCAAUUAAAUCACACUAACAUAGAAGUUACAGUCUCUUAUCUCCCAUUAUCACACGUGGCUGGCUCAAUGAUUGAUGUUUUUUUGACCAUUUCAAUAGCAGGAACUGUUUAUUUUGCUGAUAAGAAGGCAUUGAAAGGAACUCUUAUCAAUACAUUACUAGCUGCUCGUCCGACUUUCUUUUUCGGAGUUCCCAGAGUCUAUGAGAAAUUUCAUGAGAAAAUUAGUCAUGUCAUCGAAGGUACUAGUGGAUUAGCAAAAAUAAUAGCAUCUUGGGCAACCAAUACAGCAAUGAACUACCAUUUGAAUAGAUUUUAUGGAAAGUCAGCAUCGAAAAUUUCAUAUUUUGCUGCAAAAACGUUAGUUCUUAACAAAGUCAAAGCAAAGAUCGGUCUUGAAAGAUGCAGAUUCUUAAUGGUCGGUGCAGCUCCAUUCAAUGUUGAUACAAUGAAAUUUUUCUUAAGCUUAGAUCUGCCAAUUUAUGAAUUGUAUGGAAUGACUGAAGUUGGUCUAACAUUUGCAUCACAUCCUGACUCUUUUAAACUUGGCAGUCUCGGCAAAUGCAUUAUAAAUACAGAAUCCAAAAUAUUGAAUCCAGAUGAGGAUGGGAUUGGAGAAAUUUGCACGCGUGGACGUAAUUCCUUUAUGGGAUAUGUCUUUGACAUUGAAAAGACACGAGAAGUUUUUGAUGAUGAACUUUGGUUGCGUUCUGGUGAUGUUGGAUAUAUUGACAAAAAUGGAUUCUUAUUCUUAACUGGAAGGAUAAAGGAACUGAUUAUUACUGCUGGCGGAGAAAACAUUCCAUUUUUAAACAUCGAGAAUGCAGUCUUAGCUGAAUGUUCAGCAAUUUCAAAUGCAUUUUUAAUUGGAGAUAAAAGAAAGUUUUUGACAAUGCUGAUUGCUUUAAAGACUGAAUCUGACAGCAAUGGAGUUCCUCAAGAUGAACUAGCUGAAGACUCUCUUCAUCACAUGACAAAUCUUGGAUUGAAUUAUAAAUUAAUAAGUGAAGUUUUGGAUGCUGGACCUGAUGAAAAAGUUCUGAAUUUAAUUCAAGAAGCAAUUGAUCGAGCAAAUGCAAAAGCAGCUUCAAAUGCUCAAAAAAUUCAAAAAUUCAUGUUACUUCCAAAUGAUUUCAGCAUGCAUACUGGAGAGCUUGGACCAACAAUGAAACUCAAAAGAGGGUUUGUCAUGCAGAAGUAUAAAAACGAGAUAGAAGAAUUUUAUGCUUAGAAUUAUUUUUGCACCUACUUUACUCUUCUACUUCCCUUUAAUUUUUAAAAAUUAAAUAAGACUAAAUGAAGCGUUUGAACAGAUCUGUUUAUUUAAAUGAAAGGUGUGCAUUCCAAAAUUAAUUAUCAAUAACUGCACAUAUAUUUUGUUUAUAAUUAUUUCAAAAAAUAAGUUUGUAAGGAUAUUGAUAUUUUCUCAGAAU